UUUUUCAGUGCGUAGAACAAGCUUGGUAUCUAGCUGUGGAUUCUCAAUUAUUCUUCAUCUCUCCAAUAAUACUCAUAUACUUUCUGAAGAUGCCUUGGAGAACCUCUUCAAUGUGUAUUGUUGCAUGUAUUAUAUCAGCACUGUAUGCAUUCGUGAUAACAGUACAGAAUGAAUUGGGAGCUACAUAUAUCGAAGGGAACCAAGCAUAUCUAGAGAGAAUUUAUGGAUCCACCUUCGUUCGUAUGCCACCCUAUUUGAUCGGAUUGAUUUUUGGAUUUCUUUUAUAUAAAUAUCAGAAAAUAAAAAUACCAAUGGUAACCAAUUUAUUUUUAUGGAUUUCCACGUUUGCCGCUUACUGCGCUCUCAUAGCGGUUCAUCAAGUUUUCACAGGGAACAAUUAUGAUUCUGUUAGAGCUGGUCUAUUCAACUCGUGCGCCAGACCCGCAUGGGCUCUUGUGACCGGAAGUGUUGUAUUUCUCUGUAGCACCGGACAUGGAGGUAAACUGAACGAGUGGCUCUCGUUACCUGUGUUCCAAGUAUUGGUAAAGCUAUCGUAUAGUGUAUACCUUGUCCAAAUGAUUGUCAUACUGUUCUUCACCGGCUCGAAGCGACAUUCAGACCAUUUUAACUACCCAAAACUGUUUCACGAUUACAUAGGUGAUUUGGGCUUCAUAUUCAUUGUGGCUACAAUUUGGUGUUUAGCAUUCGAAUCGCCAUAUGUUGCAAUCGGAAAAACAUUUUUCAAAAAGGCCCUCAAAGAAUUGUCAGACAAUCAAUCGGAAGAAAAAACGAAAACGAAGAGAAAGAAUAAGAAAGGAUAUGUUGUUUGUGUCUAUAAAUACGAUGACGAUCAAACCAUUAAAAAGUUGAAUUGAAAAAUCAUUAUAGAUGUUUUAGUAAUGAAUAAAAUUUUGCCUUGAC